AUGGCGGUUGAACUGAUUUUUGAGAGGUUAUUGAAUAUAAUCUUGUUUGUUGUAUAUCGUCCUCCUAAUACAGAUCCCAAUCUGUUUAUCGAUUAUAGUGUCACACUUCCCAAUGAUGCUCAAUCACAGUCACAUGACAAACUCGUAUAUGUUACAGUUUUUGAUUGGCAUAAUCUUAUUAACGCCAACCAGUAUGGUUUUCUGAAAAAUUGUUCCACGGACUUGGCUAUUUUAGACAUGAAUCAAUAUGCCAUGGAAAAUAUUAAUUCUAAAUCAGCUGGCAGAUAUCGAACCACAGCUGCCAUUGGAGCAGUCUUGUUAUCGCCAACGGAAAUAGACAAUCGAGUUGAUGAGGAGGAAGAUGACGAAAACAGUCAGACUACAGAUCGGAUCUUAAGACCCAUCUGCUUGCAAAAUUCACUGAGGAGCGCUCUUGAACAUCGCGGAAACAGCGCUUUACAAACUAUUUGA